CACGUGGCUGUGACCUGCGGGGUCGAAGGUCGCAGUCCGUGUGCGCAUGGAAGAUGGAAACUUGGCUGCUGAUCGUUCUGGGCACCCUGAUUGUGGUCUUCAUCUUCAUCUUUGGUGUAUUAACACAUGCGGGGUACUUUUCAGACCUAAGGAUCCGCACUUCCCUUCCUGUGUCCCUACCACGACGCGCUGCUUAUUUAAUCCACCGGGGGCCGUACAAAGAAGUGUGUACUCCACUGGAAAGAAUUACUGCAAUUGGUCGACAUCAGAAAAUAUUUUGCGUUUUUUAUGACGACCCUGAAAAGGUAAGUAGCGUGGGACGUCACAGUUUCUGUAAAGGAGUCGGAGUAUGCAUUGGGCAGCAUUUUAGACUGACUUUUGAUGAUGUUUACAGGUGCCUCCGGACAAGCUACGUAGUAUUGUUGGUUGUGUUUUGCCGGACACGCCAGAUUCAACAGUGGAGAAGUCUCUGAAGGCAUCUGGGUGCUCUGUGUGGACAUUUCCUCAGUGUGGCAAGGCUGUAAUCACUGAAUUCCCUUGCAGGAGCUUUGUUUCAACCAUCAUAGCUCCUGGGAUUGUGUACCCAGCAUUGAAAAGAUAUUUUGGUGAGUUUGAUUUGAAGUGUGUUGGACCUAUCUUGGAGAUAUAUGGUGAUGGUUACACGCAGUAUGUUGCUCCUCUGGAGAACAAUGAAGGAUUCUUUGUACCUGAGAUUGCUCAGGAGAACGAGAGCAAGAAAAGCCAGUGAUCUGUGCCACUUCAGCAUUAUUAGAGUGUUAUGAGAUGUGACAGUGUGUACACAAAUGAUCAGAAAACCUAGUGCCAUUCUAUCACUAAAAUGUUGUACAAAAUUCUGUGGUACUGCAUUAUUCAUAUCCAGUGAGUCAGAGAAUUUCUUUGCAGGGCAACCAGUAGAUAGUAUAGGGAUAGAGCAGCAAAAGCACUCUCAUUUUGUACUA